GGAACUGGACUUUCCCGGCUGCCCGCUGCAGGUCUUGCGGCAUCUAGUCUAGCAAAAUAUGUGAUAAUAAAUAGUAUCAUAGCAUCUUACAACGAGCAUAAGAUAUCCCCAGCAUUUUUCUUUGACUGUUUCGCAAUGCUCGUGCUUGCUACAUGUGAUCGCGUAUCUGUUCUCUUCUAAGGGGAAGUGAUACGUGAUAUGCUAUCUAUCUAAAUGGGAAGUGCUCUACCUGGUCAACGUGGAACACACCUUUUAUUUCGAGCCAUCGCUGUCGUCAACAUCCUUUAAACAAGGUGCAGCGUGCGUGCCUGCCUCGGAAUGGAAGUUCGCCUUUCCCGCUGGUAUUUUGGCGGCCUGGCCGGUGCGAUGGCCGCUUGUUGCACCCAUCCAUUGGACCUACUUAAGGUUCACAUGCAAACACAUGGCGUGGCAGCGAGGCUCAGUUUGCUUGGCACGGCAGCAACCGUCGUCCGCAUGGAAGGGAUUCCUGGUCUGUACAAUGGUCUGACAGCAUCUGUUCUCAGACAGCUGACCUACUCUACAACACGGUUUGGAAUCUAUGAGGUGGUGCGUCAAGUGGUGGUGAAACCUGGCCAGAAUCUCAAGUUCUAUGAGAAAGUGGCCCUGGCUGCUUUUGGUGGAGCUGCAGGAGGCUUCGUGGGAACCCCCGCAGAUAUGGUCAAUGUCAGGAUGCAGAAUGACAUGAAGCUCGCGAAGGAACAUCGACGCAACUACAAGCAUGCUCUGGACGGCCUGUGGCAGGUGUACCGGAAGGAAGGGCUCCGGAAGCUGUUCUCAGGGGGCGGGACGGCCACAGCUCGAGCGGCUCUUAUGACAAUAGGGCAGAUCUCCUUUUAUGAGCAGAUAAAGCAGACGUUACUGGCAACACGGUUUUUCCAAGACAAUCUCACUACCCACUUUACGUCCAGUUUGGCAGCCGCCAGCAUUGCAACGACGCUCACCCAGCCAUUGGACGUGAUGAAGACACGCAUGAUGAACGCCUAUCCCGGAGAAUAUCGGAGUAUCUUGCACUGCUUCUUACAUACGAAGAACUUAGGCAUUGGAGCAUUUUUCAAGGGUUACGUUCCGGCGUUCGUCCGUCUAGGACCUCACACCAUCUUGACUUGGGUCUUCCUGGAGCAGAUGAGACUCCGCUUUGGCCACGUUAAACGUGUGGCUGCCUAGUUCUUGCGAGAUUAUGUGCAUGACGCAAUAUUUCCAACGUUACCAUUCAAAAUGGCUAUCUGUUUAUAUGGUUGUACUUAGGUGCUAUGCAGAAUUUCUUUUAUAUAUAUUCAGCUACAGUUGUAUCCAUGUCGUACCUAUUCGAUAUUUUUGGUUAAGAGAGUCAUUACUGUAUCGGGAAUGCCAAAUGAACCAAUGUUUAUAGCAUUGAACAUUCCGCCCGAGUGCAAUCUGUAUAAUGUACCAAUGGUCAGAGUAAACAUUCCUGUUGUUGUUCGAGGA